GUCUUUACUGAUUCACAAGCGCGUGGACACCGCUGGGCUCAGUGUAUGCAUCUCCGCUCGGACCCGGGAUUAAUCAAUCGCGCAUUAUUCAGUUCCCACCAUGGAUGCUACAUUGUAUCAGAUCAUAUUCGGUGAGCUCGCGGACUUAAACUGUAGUUUGAUGGAUGCUUUCCAAGACACUUUUUUGGAAAACGCGUCUCUGUCAUUGCUCAGCACUGAUGGUUUUUAUUGCAAUGCCACUACGGAUGAGAUUGGAACCUGCUGGCCGCGGAGCAGCACCGGGAGGAUCGUGGAGAGACCAUGCCCGGAGUAUAUCAACGGGGUUAAGUACAACACAACCAGGAGUGCUUACAGAGAAUGCAUGGAUAAUGGAACGUGGGCGUUGAAGAGCAAUUACUCCAAUUGUGAGCCCAUUUUGGAGGAGAAGAGAAAAUAUCCAAUGCAUUAUAAAAUCGCACUCAUCAUCAACUACCUAGGCCACUGUAUCUCGGUGGGAGCUCUAGUCGUGGCCUUCAUUCUCUUCUUGUGCUUAAGAAGCAUACGAUGUCUCCGAAACAUCAUCCACUGGAACCUGAUUACCACCUUCAUAUUGAGGAAUGUGAUGUGGUUUCUACUUCAGCUCAUUGACCACAAUAUCCAUGAGAGCAAUGAGCCUUGGUGCAGAUUAAUUACAACAAUAUACAACUACUUUGUGGUGACAAACUUCUUCUGGAUGUUUGUUGAAGGAUGUUACCUCCACACAGCCAUCGUAAUGACUUACUCCACUGAUAAGCUCAGGAAGUGGGUCUUCCUUUUCAUUGGCUGGUGUAUUCCAUGCCCUAUAAUAGUCGCCUGGGCUAUAGGGAAACUGUAUUAUGAAAAUGAACAAUGCUGGUUUGGUAAAGAACCUGGAAAAUAUAUGGACUACAUUUACCAGGGACCUGUUAUUCUUGUUCUCCUGAUAAACUUUGUUUUCCUCUUCAAUAUCGUCAGAAUUCUCAUGACCAAACUAAGAGCUUCAACCACAUCAGAAACAAUACAGUACAGGAAAGCUGUUAAAGCAACACUGGUCCUCUUACCCCUGCUGGGAAUCACCUACAUGCUUUUCUUCGUGAAUCCGGGGGACGACGACAUCUCACAAAUUGUUUUCAUCUAUUUCAACUCCUUUUUACAGUCUUUUCAGGGCUUCUUUGUGUCAGUGUUCUACUGCUUUCUAAAUGGAGAGGUACGUUCUGCGGUGAGGAAACGGUGGCACCGCUGGCAGGAUAACCACGCUCUUCGAGUGCGAGUGGCCCGAGCCAUGUCCAUCCCCACGUCACCAACCAGGAUCAGCUUCCACAGCAUCAAACAGACUACUGCUGUGUGACCAGAGGAAUGAGUGCAUAAUACUCACUACAACAUCUAUGAGAACAGACUUUUUGUUCUGUUUGUUUUACAGAAGAGACUCAUUCCUCAAACAAUACCACAAUGUGUCUGAAGUGAGCAAAGACAAGGGGACAUGUCUGUUGUCUUGUGGGAAUCAUAGCAUCUUAAACUACUCCUUUAAACUGCACACGACGUAUGAUUGAAAACAGUAUGAUUCUUGAAAGCAUUAUCGCCUCAAAAAUACGGUACAUGAGUCGCAAAAGGUUUGAAGUUCUCUGGAGAUAAGAGUAUCAUAAAUAUGGCUUCAUCAUCAAACCGUCAAAAUAAGUCUUAUUGUCUGAUCUCACUGUGUUAUCGCUGUCAUCUUACUGCAUGGUGUAAGAUUAUCCUGCAGGAUUUGCUGCAGGACACUUAAACAACGCACACACUUGUAAGCAUCUGCUCCAUUCUGACAUAGCGGGUGGGUGAUUAGGAAUACUUGAAGUAUAAUUAGACACAUUGACCACAAUGCACUUAAAAUAUUGAAAGGCCAUGUGUGUGUGUAGUGAAAAUUGAAAUGCAGAAAUGCUCUUGGACUUAUCUUCUCUUUGGCUUCAACAGCUGCUUUUGACAGCAAUGAAAGAGGCUUAAGGGCAGAGGAGAGUUCAACUAAAUUAAAUAUCAGAAACUAGACAGCUUGAAAAAUAUAAAAUCCAAAAAAUGCUCUGCUUUCUUUUGCUAUAAGGGAUGAAAAUUGAAUUAAUGUGAAGUGGGCUAUUGUUGUCCACCCCACAACCUGCAGUGACACAUUUAGGUCAAUAUGAAAUAAAGAUUUUUUUAUACAAACAAGCCAUUCAAGUGGAGCCUUUCACUGGAGUCCUCAGAUAAGUCUGAGUUUUCUCCUUGAACUCUGUGGUCUUUUAUACAAAAGUUUAAUUUUUGUCUCAUAAUGUUCAGUUGUAAACAUUGUUUGAAUACUUGUGCACAAACAGAGCUUCCUCUCUGGUCCAGGUAAAUUAUUUUCUGCUUUCUUUUUGUUGGGUUCAUCUUUGUCUCCUCAGAGAUGAAGGGUGUGAAGAUUCCAAGCAUUUUCAAAUGUGUUUGAGCUCCCUGAGGCAGGUAUAUGAGCAGACCGGAAUUAAAGGCGGGAGGUGCAUUUGUUUCAUUUCUUUCAUGUUUGGUAAGCGCAGGCGCAGUGGCACUUAAUCAAAUGAUUUUGGCUUUAUGGAAUUCCUGUCUGUUAAUGAGUAUCACAACUAAGCUGCUGGUUCAAGGGAAAGGAAGCUUGUUGAGUGGGCAGCAAUUUGCUCUGAUGCCAACUCUUUCAUCUGCUCAGGCUGCUUACACAAUAAUGGGACCAACAACCAUCAAUCUGCAAUCUCAAACCCAAAAGUGCUCGUCUUUUCUGCAAAAGUGUAGAAGGAUAAUAAUGAUAUAGGAUUACAAAGAACAGUCUGAAUUCAGUGAAAAGCCUAAUUUCUGAUGCAGACGCUUCAUUGUAUGCCCCUACAUUUGUAAUAUAUCAUCAGAAGAGUAUUUCUGUUGGCCUGGUGGUAUGGAAAAGCAUAUUUGAAGACUUGCCAAGCAUUUGUGGAACUUAGCUUAUUUCAUCUCCAUGGAGGGAUAGAGGGGAAGGUUGAUCACGCUUUCAUUUCUGUCCAUCAUUUAGCUAGUAGCUGGUUAGCCUAACUUAACGUAAAAGCUGGAAACACAGAAACAGCUAGCUUGGCUCUGUCAGUUAGCUAGCAGCUUGUUAGUCUAGCUUAAUGUAAAAGCUGAAAACACAGAAACAGCUAACUUGGCUCUGUCCAAAGAAGUCUCUGCGCUUUGCCUUGCAACAACCUGGAGACAUAAAGCCACUGCUCCUGGACAAUAAAUACUUCCACACAUAACCAACAUUAACAAAGAGAUGGAUUCUUUUCACCUGGCUAUUAAGUGUGUUUAAUACAGUAAAAGUAAAACGUUGAAAUGCAAGCUUUAAAGGUGCUGGUGGAUGAAUAUUGUUACCCUUGACCCAUGUUAGCUGUAUCCCUUUUUUAAAUGUUGCCAUAUUGAAAAUGCCAACAAAACUUAACUUUCAGCUGACAGAAGAAGCAAAGAGGAGAAUUGAGGCAGGCCUUGAGCCUCCUUGCUAACAGCUACAGUGUUCCCACCUGUCAUUCAAGUCAGCCAUGCCCUAAUAGUGCAAAAAAUCGUAAACAAUUACAUUUUUGACAGCUUUAUUGAAUAGGUGUGUAUGGCUUCCGAGGCCUUUGGAACCAGCCUCCUGUGGACACUGGAAGAACUGCAGCUUUUUGUACUUCCACCUUGGCCUCAUUUCUCAGGACCAAAGGAUCCCCCAUGGUUGAAAUUUUACACAAAUGGGGAAGUGGGAAAAACUGCUGUUCCUUGAGUGUCCACUUUAGACCAGCUGGAAAGCACAAUAAAUCCCAUUAACACCCAUGUUAAAAUAUUUAUUUUACAGCUAAAUUAAACAGCCUGGUUCAGAAAUGGUUUUGGCCUUAAGUGAUAAUUCUUAAAUUGUACACACUGUUCAGGGGGUGAUUUUUUGUAUAACUCGUACAUUUUUAAGAUUUUACGAGUGAUGCAUAGAUUUGCUUCAUUAGGGGCAUGGCCGAGUUGAAUUACUGGUAAGUGCAAUGUAACUGUUUAAGAGGCUUACGGCUCACCUCAGCUCCACCUCUGUGUCUGUUUGUAGGUUGACCAGGAGUUACAUUGAGUCAGCAUUUCCAAUAUGGCGACUACCAUCGAUUGGCUUCAAAACACUGCUUCAGAAACAAAUGAGAGACAUCACUGAGACUACAUCCAUGUUUUAUACAGUCUGUGGUUUAAACACUGACAUGAAUGAAGAGUUGCUCAUAGGAGCUAUAAUGAACAGUCAUGACAGUAGUAUAGAUCUUCUCCUCCAACUUUCAUCAAGAGAAAACAAGUGUCUAACUUCAUUCUGGUAAAAUUAUUUUUUUGCUUUGUUUAUUUUUUAGCUAAUCUUUUUUUUCUGCUGUUGUUGUUUAUAUUUCUGUUUCUGUUAACAGAAAUAAAAUUCACUGGAUCUAUUAUGAAAAUUGGAUUUUUGAAAAACUUGAGACUAUACUGAAUUUCUGCGACCAAAAUUGUUUGAUUGUGAUGUGUACUACAUAAAUAUAUGAUCUCUCCUUGUUGUUAUAUGUACAUAUCAUGUUUGUAUUUUGUAUUUUUUGGUACGUUAUAAGACUUUUUUUUGUCAAUGGCUGCUCUUCUGAACUUAAGCCAUUAUUUUAAGUGAAUAUCAUCCAAAGUGGUUUUACUGUAAAUAUUCUAUUGUGUUUUAUACCUACAGUACAUUUCUGUUAGCUGCAUUACAGCUUCUACUGCCGUAACACAGAGCCCGUGCCCAUGACCUCAUCAUGUUAAGUAAAGAUAAAGCAAACAUAAUAUAGUGGAUGUGAAAUAUUUUCAUACAGAAAAAAGAAAAGAGAUCAUUUAUUCCAACUCGCCAAAGAGAUAAACCAUGUUUACCAGCAUCCAGGAUUCUUAUUGUCUUCAUCUUUAUUUCAUUGCCACUGCAAUUUGUACAUGGUUGAAAACAUUAAGAGCAGUGUGAAGUCAAAUUUGUUCAUUAUCACUGUACCUGGAUACACCUGACCAACUCAAACCACCUAUGUUGCCUUACAGAUUAAAGGAAUUGCAUCUUUGUGCGAAAAGGAAGCUAAUGUCACUGUAAAUAAAGUUUCAUUGUGCUAUUAAUAUACAUUUGUACAUGCACAUAUGAAUGGAAAUAUAUCAUUUGAUUAAAAAAAAUCAUUUACUCAUA